AUGGACUUAUCCCAUCUGACAAGGCCUGGCAUAAUAUGUCAGUGCUCCCGGUGCUCUAGCUCGUUGGCAGCACUGGAGAAUGAAUGGGCUAAACUCUCCAACGCCUACUCAAUCCCUACAGCAUGGCUCAGCGUCGACCUCCACCGCAUCUCCGUUUCCUCUGAGCGAAAGCAAAUUCCAAAUACAUCUGAUAUGACCCUUUUGCGUGGCCGAGUUAUUCAGGAGGUAUCUUGUAAACUAUGCCAGCAGAGGAUGGGAGUGUUAUGUCCGUUGGACAAUGGAAUGAACAUCCUGUGGAAGAUGUCCAAGGUUGCAUUUAGGGAAAUCGUCACUAUGCGAACCGUGCAACCCCUAUUCAAACAGGGGGCUCUCGAACGAUUGAUAUGCCCCCCAAAAGAACCUCUGCGCCGAAACUCCGACUUCGUUCAAAACAGUGCACUGGUGCCAGUUGACUGCUCCGAUCCCACUUCCCUCGAUCCGUCUAUGCAAAAGCAAAUGGUACACCAAGGAAGAAGCAUCGAUCAAAUCUCAAGCUCGGUGAAUCACCUUCAAGAUACAAUGUCGGAUCUCAAACAUUCUUUUACGGCGCUUCGAAUUGAGCUGAAUGGGCCCAACAGGAACAUAGGGGAGGGAUCCCUACUUCAAGGACACGAUUUCGAUAUGAUUGCGACUGUGCUUAAGGAGCUCAAGUCAAAAUCCGAAGAAAUCGAGAAAUUGAAGCUGGAGAUUGAAGCUCUGAAAUUGAAGAACCGAUACAUGGGAGUGACCCCGCCGCAGCAACAAGAUUCUUUGUCAGUCAUGAAUAUGAAUGCUGCUCUACCGGAGGUUAGGAGUCCCGGCUUGCUCCAGGCGGGUCGCAAGCGUACCUGGCCCGACGCGUUUCCGGUCGAUCUUAAUCAAACAAUUGCCGACUCUUUUGAUGAGGAUGAUAUGGUGGAUGAUUUCGCUUUGUGUGAUCCGCCAAUGAACCCGGAUCGUGUUCCACUCAAUGACCGGAACCAACAGUCUAUUAUCAAUCGCAAUGUCGCGGAACAUCGGGCGGGGUCUGCGGGGUCUGCGGGGCCUCAUGCUGAAACCUUUGAAAGGUCACAAAUUUCUUUGGAUACCCCUCCAGUCCAAUCUAUAACCUCGCAGCAAGCUAUCGCGAAACGUCCGCGUUUAUCUCAACCAGUUGGGAACGACGCCCAAGCAGCUGUUCCGUCGCAACCUCUUCCGCCAAAACGAGGUAGACCAAGAAAAUCGAUCAGCCAACCAAACAAACCCAAUAUCACCGAAUCACCCAGCACAGUACCCUCUAGCACACAAGAUGACGCCGAUUCCAACCCCCAAGCUGGCUCAUUGCGACGUCGCCAAUCUCGUCGCGGCCUUCGAGAACAGUCCCAAGGACCAACCCCCAACGCGCAAAUUGGGCUUGAGGACACUCAGCAGCCUCAGGAUUCAACCUCCACUAGAACCCCUAAUCCCCAAUCAACAGCCAACAAGAAGAGUAAGCGUAACACAGGCUCUCCCAAUGGAUCUCGUAGCGGAGGUCCGGAUGAAGGGGCGGAUGAGGCUUCUAUGAAUGAGAAGCGAAAAGCUAAAGUCGCGGCGCGGGACGUUAUGGCGAAAAUUGCUUUGCAGCAUGAGGAGGCAUUGGAGACGGGAAAUCCGCGAUAA